GAAGCACACUCUGGCCAGACCAGAGGUGUGAGAUCUGUGCAGCCUCUGCACCCACUCCUCAGGGCGCCCCUCUGCACAGGUGGCACUCCGCGUGCCCUGUGGGGGCGGCAGCGAGCAGGACCGCAGGGACGCCCAGGCUGGGGGCUGUGGAACCCACGGAGGCCGGCUCAGCUAGGAGGAGGAGGAUGCUCUGCAUGCCCAGGAUCCUGUGGGCACUGACAUCCAGCACACUCAUGCCCAUUUCCUGUAAUGGACAAACUUGAUGCAAAUGUGAGCUCCAAUGAGGGUUUCAGGUCCGUGGAGAAGGUCGUGCUGCUAACAUUCCUCUCGGUGGUUAUCCUGAUGGCCAUCCUGGGCAACCUGCUGGUGAUGGUGGCUGUGUGCAGGGACAGGCAGCUCAGGAAAAUAAAAACCAAUUAUUUCAUUGUGUCUCUUGCCUUUGCCGAUCUGCUGGUGUCGGUGCUGGUCAUGCCUUUUGGUGCCAUUGAGCUGGUCCAAGACGUCUGGAUUUAUGGGGAGAUGUUUUGCCUGGUCCGGACCUCUCUGGAUGUCCUGCUCACCACAGCAUCGAUUUUUCACCUAUGCUGCAUUGCACUGGAUAGGUAUUAUGCCAUCUGCUGCCAACCUUUGGUUUACAGAAGCAAGAUGACCCCUGUUCGCAUCGCACUGAUGUUGGGAGGCUGCUGGGCCAUUCCCAUGCUUAUAUCUUUUCUCCCCAUAAUGCAAGGCUGGAACAACAUCGGCAUAGUUGAUGUGAUAGAGAAAAGGAAACUCAACCACAACUCUAACUCGACAUGCUGUGUCUUCAUGGUCAACAAGCCCUACGCCAUCACCUGCUCCGUUGUAGCCUUCUACAUCCCGUUUUUCCUCAUGGUGCUGGCCUAUUACCGUAUCUAUGUCACUGCUAAGGAGCAUGCCCAGCAGAUCCAGAUGUUACAACGAGCUGGAGCCACCCCAGAAAGCAGGCCCCAGCCAGCUGACCAGCACAGCACACAUCGCAUGCGGACAGAGACCAAGGCAGCCAAGACUUUAUGCGUCAUCAUGGGCUGCUUCUGUUUCUGCUGGGCCCCCUUCUUUGUCACCAAUGUCGUGGACCCAUUCAUAGACUACACCGUCCCUGAGCAGGUGUGGACUGCCUUCCUCUGGCUUGGCUACAUCAAUUCAGGGUUGAACCCCUUUCUCUAUGCCUUCUUGAAUAAGUCUUUCAGACGUGCCUUCCUCAUCAUUCUCUGCUGUGAUGAUGAACACUACAGAAGACCCUCCAUUCUGGGCCAGACUGUCCCCUGUUCAACCACAACCAUUAAUGGAUCCACACAUGUGCUAAGGUACACCGUUUUGCACAGUAGACAUCACCAGGAACUGGAGAAACUGCCCAUCCACAAUGACCCAGAGUCCCUGGAGUCAUGCUUUUGAUUGACGACAUGGCUUGCCAUCAGGCUAGCCAUUCCCAUUCAUGUCUGCAUGAACAGGACUCCCUGGACACACUCUUGACCCUGGUCAUCACCAGUGAUGCAUGAAGUAUGGGGUACCAGGGCCCAGUGAAGAUACAUGGAAGGUGGUGUUGAGUGGAACCUGGAUCCAGCACAUCAAGGACUUCCAAAUUGUGUGGGAACUUCAGACAUCAUCAGACCCAGCGUUGUACCAGAGCCCGAGGGGCACCUCUCAUUGCAUACUGACAUGAGGACAGUCUCUGCUCGCACCUCUCCAGGGACAGGAGCUCACUACCUCCUAACGCAGCCCCUUCUGUGGUGGAAACGCUCUAAUCACGUGGAAGCUCUAUCGUUCAUUGGCACACAAGUCUGCUGUGCUCUAGCUUCUGUCAGGACAGAGCGGUUCGGUCUCCUCUUCCUGUCAGAAAGCCUUAGAUAUUGGAAGGAAAUGACCCGUCUCCCCCCACCCACCCCUCAGUCUUCUCUCUCAGUGGAACACCUUCAGUUUCCUCUUCUUUCCAGCAGUCUUCUGGACCGCUUUGCUGGGUCCAGUUGUCUGUCCAGAAGCACUGAAGUACUGACAUGAAGGGCGUCAGGAAGUUUGGUUUACAGCUACAUUUUCUUUUCCUUCCUUCUUUUCUCCCUCCCUCCCUCCCUCCCUCCCUCCCUCCCUUAUUUCUUAUCAUAGCAUACUACUUGAGGUAAUAGUUCCCCCUCCAGGACAGAUUUUAAAGACUCUGCUUACAGUUUGCCUUUGGAUCCAUUACCAAAGGACCUCUAUACAGCUUGUGUGUGUGUGCGCGCGUGUGCAUGCCCAUACAUGCACAUGUGUGUAAACUUGUCAUUUUCCCACUGGGUCAUCUGGAAUGAAUCUUUAUUUGCUUCCCUUCCAUGACAUUGAACCUGGACCUUUAUUGCUAUGGAUGCUGACAAGGAACAGUCACAACUCAAAAACUGAGGGGUGGGAGUAGGGGACUGGAAAGAUGGCUCGGUGUUUAGGAGAACAAUACUUGAUACUCUGGCAGAAGACCCAAGUUUAGCGCCCAGCAUCUACAUAGUGGCUCACAACCAUCUGUUACUCCAGUUCCAGGGAAUCUGACACCACUCCUGACUGCCACAGGCUCCUGCACACACAUGGUCACAAACAUACACUCAAGCACAUUCAGCACCCCCGCCCCAACACACACUCACACACUCUAAGAUAAACAAACAAACAAAAAAAAACCAACAACAACAACAAAAAACGUUAAGGAAGGAAAGUGACUUGCUCCCAUGGAGAUUGUCUUUUAAGGAUGGUCAGGGUCCUGUGUUGAACAACCCAAUAGUCUAGUCCUAGGCCACUUUCGGCUUUGAGCAAAGAACAAACCCAUCUUUCUGUAUUAAGAGCUGUCAUUGAACCCUAGCUUUGAAGCUACUAUGCUUCCAUCGCACAAAUAUUUUGCAGAAUGCUGUUUGUUCUAAACCCAAGAGGUAUUUUCUCUUCCAUGCUAAAUCUGUCAUUGCCUUCUUUGUCUUGGGUAAGUUAUGUCUUUGAGAGAGAGAGAAGACUUGAAACUCACAAGAGUUUUUCUUUCAUUUUUUUCUGCUGACAAGGACCGGUUUGAUUUAUUGCUGGUGAAACGCGGGGAAUGGGGAAGGUGGGCAUGGCCUGGCAUCCUUAGGCGGCACACUGUAAGAUCAGGAUGUGUCCGGAGCCUCAACCAAAACUUCUCCUUGCCCUGUUCUAACCCCUCAUUCUUUCUCCCUCUUCUCUCGCCCGCUCUUCCACCGUUCUCACUUCUUUCUCCCCUUGGAUAGGGUUUGGCAUUGCCCAGGCUGGCUUCAAACUCACUAUGUAGCUGAGGCUGAACUGAACUCCAUCCUCCCUACCUCCAUCUUCCAAGUGUUGGGGCCACAGGUCUCAGUCAUCAUACCAAGUUUUCCUUGCCUUUCUAUUUCCUGUGCUGUUCCUUCUUCACCUGUGAUGACAGGUCACAAUGGCAUCCUUGUCUCUGAGAAGGAUGGUCACCCCCCACAAAGCAAUGAAGUUAAACCCUUUAGAUAGAGAUCUGAGUCCCUUUCUCUCUUUUCAAAAAAAAAAAAACCACCUGAAGAAAGGAACUAGGGACAAGAUGACAUGAUGAUAGACCAAAUGCGAAUUCAUGGGACAAGACUGGAUUCAUUCUGUCUGGAGAGCUGCUAUUACAGCAUUAGUUCCAUCCAUGGCUUCCAGGAAUCCAGACAAUCCAGACAGCUUGAGGGUGGAAGACGCAGAAGACAUACAGCGGCCCAGGCUUCAAGGAAACCCAAACCUGUCCUCUUCCUAAAAAGUCCUCUUUCAGGAAGGCUGCUGUUAAGAUGAGAUAGGAAAGAGGAGGCUGUGGUCCAGUUACUCUGGCCAGAUGAACACUGGCAACUACUUGGAUGUUUAAUGAAGUCUGUCUCCAUGCCAGGGAGAAAGGGAUUGAUUCACUGUGUUUCUCUCCAUUUGACUUUGCAGUCCAUAGAAAUGCCCAGUUCUGAAGAUCCCAGCCCAUCUUGCUGGGAGCCAGAAUGAUCCAAGGCUCAGAGAUCCGGAUGAAAGGAAAAAGCGCAUGUUAGUUUGUUUUUCCUUGCCCAGGAGCAAACUUGGCAAGGCCCAGUCUGAGGCCUGGGCCUUGAAGGAGUUAAGGCUUCAGUUCCUGGGAAACCAGUUUCCCCUCUGAAGGGCUGUGGUUAUCAGUCCUAAGGCAGCUGCAGCUGCGAUAGCCCGUGUUUUCUCAUCAACAUUGACUGAUUUAGCUUUCUGUCUACCUUGGCCAUUCUCCCUCAGAAAAUAGGAUACAAAAGAUGCUUUACUUCUUAAAUAAGCUUGCUUGGCAUAAGACACAGCUUGUGCAAAUCCUCUCAGUCCUGGUUUUCCUAUCUUCUCUUCUGGCCUUCCGACUUAGAAGGCUGUCACUGAAGAACAACCUGCUGGUCCAGGCCACCAGCCCUCUCCAUUAGCAAUUAGAAAGUAAAAGAAAUAAAACCUACAAUGUAUUGGUUAAAAACAAACAAACAAAACCAACUUUCAGAUUUCAGCUUUGCCUCUCAGUAACAUUUCCACUUCCUGCUUGCUCUGGGAAAUGGAGUAGGGCAGGGGCAUUGUGGGUAGUUGAGGGAGGGGACUCAGUGAGAGACCAGGGAGCGGCAACAACCAAAUUAUCUUCAAGUGAGAACGAAGUGUCAUCCUGGUGCUGUGCUGUCCAGCGAUUUCUCUUUGGCAUUGUGGCUCUUUUAGGUGAGCGAUGCAAGGCACUUUUCAUUCCCUCUUUCCUGCAAUUGGCUGUGCUCAAAAGCUGCCCCUAUGAGGAAAACAUUUUUUGCCCUUUUUGGCCAAAAGUGGACUCUUUGCACACAACCUAGGAAACCAAGACUAAGAAUUGGAUUUGAACGUAGCCAGCACAGGGACUGACUUAAGAUCUGGGUUCAGGCAUAUUGUUGCUCUGCUCUGAGCAGAAACUUGCCUCGCUCUAUUCUGCGAAAUGCAGACGGUCUCUGAGCUGGCUGUAUCUGCGUGAACAUCCCAACAUGGGUCACCAAAAGCCACUGUUACAAGUUUCGCUGAAGAUAUGCUUUGCCUGUACUGUUCAUUAUGUAAUAUCUUCAUUUCACUUACAGGAAUUUAGUUUAGAAGGAAACGCUUUAUCAGACCCAAAAUAGAAAAUCAGCUUUAUUUGCUGUAAAUAGAAAGCAGCCAUAGAGAUAAAUAAAAAUAACACCAAGCUGUUACAUUCUAACCAGAUGUCAAUACUCAGAGCAUGUCCCCUUGCCUCUUCAUGUCCCAGGAAGACAAACACGUGCUGGUAGGGUCUCCCCAUCUCCUCUCUGGGAGUUGGAAAUAUCGAAAGAAUUUAAACUGAAUCCCAAGCUAUAGAAAUUCAUCCACUUAGUACAAAUUACAUUCCAUGUUUUUGGAAACAAAGAUAGAAGGGAAACAAAUUGCUUACUAUUUUUAUUAGCGUUGUACUUAAUCCAGGUUGCGUCUCCUUUACUCUAGCACCUUCUGAACUUAAUGACUAGUAAGACAACAGCAAGAGAAGCUAACUAACAAACUCCUUUCCACUGGGCACUUGGUUAAGUGCUUUUCAUGGAUUUUUUCAUGAACACCUUUACUGCAAGUACCAAAACUACAUCCCACUAAAAAUGAGCAAACCUCAGCAGAGAAAACAUCUGGUGACGUACCUGACAAGUAUGGAUGUGGAAUGGAGGCCCAGGCCUCCCGAUUCCGUAGUCCACCAUCUUCAACACUCCCAAUGGCCUUCAAUGGGAGGAUGCAUUGAAGUACUGGGCUGUGGUAGGAGAGAGCAGGGACAAGCUCUUUGUUCUCAUGGCCACGUCCCUCCCCUAUCACCUAGGGACCCAGAGCUGUGCCUGUUCUGGUCUGAGCUCUGCCAUUCACUUGCUCUAUUGUUUUCUUCCCUGGGCAUCGUUUCCAUAAUUAAAUCAAAUGAUGGAGGUAUUCUGGUCCAGGGAUGAGCAGCAGGAAGGCUCUCUAGCACUCAGAGCCUGGGGUUACUGGGUAGCCAGCAGCUGACUGGGGCAAAUGGUUGAACCCUGAAUAUUGCAAACCUUCAUCAAGGCCCCCUGCAGAAGGCACUCUGAAUUCUCCAGACUUCUUGGUUGAACUUAAACUAUUUGGAUGCAAGCCUUAUUUUCUUAGUAUCUGCUCACCACUAUGGGCACUUUACAGUUUAUCUGCCCUUUCACAAGUUCUCAGAACUUCACAACAGCUUGUGGUGUGAUUACUGGUUCAUUUUUAUAGACAAGACUUGGUCACAGCAAGUGACUUGCCCAAGGAAAUGUGACAAAUGGAUGGAAACACAUAGGUCCUCCUAUCCUGGCACAGUGAUUUUUUUCCCUCCUACGUAAAUUAUGGUUUAUAUAAAUGAUGCAUUUAGGUAGUCUAUUCCCACUAUAAAAAAAGCCCCAUAACACUGAUACGGUAAAUACUCUUGACCCCAGUUCAGUGCCACUCCAUUCCCAAGGUGGGUGGGGGUGGGGAAAUUCAGUAAUUUGUGGUUGUGCGCUGUUGUUUACGACUAAGGUGAUGCUGUAUGUGAUCCGCUAUUUGCCUCUCAACAGCCAACACUGCACAUCACUUCACACCAAUGCACGUGUGUUUCAUGCUGCCAGUCUUGCAGAGUGGGAGAUUCGGUACCUGACUGCAUCCAGUGUCUUCCACGAGGUCAGCUGGACGGUUUCAGGAUUAAGUGGCCACUGAGACACAGCUUUUGCCCUGUGGGCAAGAGCCAGCCUCACAAUGGGGCUCACCUGACUUCCUUUUCCUUGGAGGGAUUCUUUGGAGUCAGACUGAUAAACACCCACUUCCAGUAAUCCUAAGCACCUGCUUUUGAGCAAGGUAUCUAUCUAUACUGCUAAAUUGGAUGUGAAUAAACUUAGGAGGCAUGGUAAACAACUCAAGAUGCUAGUGUCAAGUGUGGCCUCCUCUCUAAGGCCUGUCUAGUUCUCAAAGAUCCCUAUCCUAGGAUAUGGUCUAAGGGACAUUAAGGAAAUAUUAAGGAAAAAAAAACAUGAAAAUAAACUGACAAAAAACACACACAGAGACACAAAACCCAGAAAACCAAGCAAACCUGACUUUUAUAAUAAACCUGGGAUUAUACUGGAUGUUCCCGCUGAACCCUCACCCCUGCCUGGUGGUGGUGGGUAACUAUUAUCACUUUACAGAUGACCAAAUUACAAAUGACCAAAAGAGAGGCUCCAGCUCUGGCCUCUCCACCACAGAGCACUGUCUCCUGGUGAGAGCUGUUGUCUGAGGAAGUCGGAAUCUGAAUCCAGGACUUUUGACUGCAUGUACUAAGUCACCUUAAGACUCAGUGUCGGCUAUUGUUUAAAGUAUUAGAUCCAUAUACUGGGCCUGGCAGCAUGAGACACACGGUUCUUUUUGAUCCUGAUGCUCAGUCAGAGGUCAUCUGUGAACUAUUUAAGGUCUUUUAAAAGUAGACCUUUGUACCACAAAGCUGGUGACAGAACUGAAUGGAUGGAAAACUCAGCUGUCCAUCAGGUGUUGGUAAACUGGCCAAGAUGUAGUCUGCAAACCUUCAGAAUGGUUUUUGCUUUUUAGUAUGUCUCGGCUGAAACCCGAGUACUAUUUUGUGAUGUGAAUAUUAUGUGGAAUUCAAUUUUCUGUCUAUAAAUAAAG